GACUCACAUGGAGCCCGUGGCACCGGUUCUGCCCCGCGUGCUGGAGCACUAACGGACCAGACCGAGCAGGAGGCUCGAAUCUGUCACACUUUCCUUUUCGGCUUCAUAACUUCAGACAGCCCCGGCUUUAUAAAAAGUGGAUUUUAAGGAUAAACUCGGUCCCGAGCGAGCAUAGAGGCAUUGUUUACAUAUUUGACAGGUGUAGCAUACUUGGGAUAACGUUGGCAACCACACCGCGAAAGGACAUUUGGGUCAGAUCGAGCCAGAUUUAUCAGAAAUAUUAACAGACAGUAGAUUAGUUAACCGAAUAGCACGGAGCUGUCAAGAUGACAGAGGAACUUGAGCAAAUUCUUUCGCAGCUGACACAGCCUGACAAUGCAGUUAUUCAGCAGGCCACAGCCCAGCUGAAGCAGGCUUUCAAAGACCCAGCCAUAAUACCAGCCCUGUGUGCUGUAAUGAGUGGUUCCCAAAACCCUCAGAUUCGUCAGUCAGCUGCUGUGAUGCUGAGGUUGAGAGUGAAGAAACACUGGAAGAAGAUUAGCCCCAAUGACAGAGAGAGCCUCAAGGCAGUGGUGCUGCAGGCCUUCAUGCAGGAAACAGAACACACAGUGCAGCACUCGCUCUCCCAACUGUGCGCAGUGAUGGUUAAACAUGAGACACCAGACCGCUGGCCUGCCCUGCUGCAGCUACUCAACCAGUCCACCAAGAGCAGCAACCCUCAUGACAGACAGGUUGGCCUCCUGCUGCUCAAUAAGGUGAUGGAGUCCAACCCAGAGCCUUUCAAGCCUCACUACUGCCAGCUGCUACAGCUGUUCAGUACUGUGCUUCAGGACCACAACAACCCAACAGCCUUGUAUUACUGCAUCCUCACCCUCACAGCCAUCACUGCAUACACUGGCACAGAAGAAAUGAACCUGAUGCGUUCCAUCAUCCCAAGCCUGAUUGUUGCUCUGAAACACCUCAUCAAGGCAGAUCAGGACCAAGCCAGUGAGGCUAUGGAGGUGUUUAAUGAGCUCAUGGAGAGCGAGGUGUCCAUCAUUGUCCCUCAUGUUACCGACAUGGUCCACUUCUGCCUGGAGGUGGGAAGUGACACCACGCUGAGUGACUCUCUGCGGGUGAAAGCACUCUCUUGUAUUGCCUUCCUCAUCAAGCUUAAGAGCAAGACGGUGCUGAAGCAGAAGCUGCUGAACCCCAUCCUGCAGGCUAUUUUCCCUGUGCUGGUUGCAGCUCCCCCACCUGGUGAGCACGACCCAGAGGAUGAGGAGGAUGACAGCGGAGAUGGCUCGGACAGUGAUAAUCCCAAACACUGCGCUGCUCAGAUUAUUGACACCAUGGCUCUCCAUAUGCCCCCAGAGAAACUAUUUCAACAGUUGAUGCCCCUGGCUCAAGCCUGCCUUACCAGUGAAAACCCCUAUCAGAGGAAGGGAGGUCUCAUGUGUCUUGCUGUGCUGGCUGAAGGAUGUGCCGACCACAUACGCACCAAGAUGCUGUCAUCUAUGCUGCAGACGGUGUGCCAGAGUCUUUCCGACUCUAAUCAGGUUGUGCGCAGUGCUGGCCUUUUUGCCUUGGGACAAUUCUCUGAACACUUACAGCCCGAAGUGAGCAAGUACUGUUCGGACCUGAUGCCUUUGCUGCUGGGCUACCUUUCUUCCUGUAGCCAGGCGAAGGUUGGCCAUGUCACUAAGGCAUUUUAUGCCCUGGAGAAUUUCAUGGAGAACCUAGGAGCAGAUAUUGAGCCCUACUUGCCCACCCUGAUGGAGACUAUGUUGUCUGCCCUUAACAAUACUGAAAACCUCAAGAUAAAAGAGCUUGCAGUGUCAGCCAUUGGUGCCAUAGCCAAUGCUGCCAAGGAGCUGCUGGUGCCCUACUUCCCUCCAGUUAUUGAAAGCCUGAAGGGCUUCCUGACGACCACCACAGAGGAAAUGAGGUCUCUGCAAACACAAUCCUUGGAUACUCUCUCGGUGCUGGCCCGCACCAUCGGCAAUGAUGUCUUCAGCCCUCUUGCUGCAGAGUGUGUUCGACUGGGCCUCAACCUCACUGACACCAUUGAUGACCCUGACUUGAGACGCUGCACGUACAGUCUAUACUCUGCUGUAUCCACAGUGAGCCCUGACUGCCUGACACCUCACCUCACUGCAAUCACAACGGUCAUGCUCCUCGCACUGAAGUCCAAUGAAGGCAUUACGGCACACCUCGAGGAGGACAAGACCUUUGUCCUUCUCGAUGAAGACGAUGAUGAUGACAAUAACGAGGGAGAAAAAGAUGUUGAUGAUUUUCUAGAAGAUGAUACUGAGACAGAUAUACAUGAUGUUGCAGGGUUCAGUGUGGAAAACGCCUACAUCGAUGAGAAGGAGGAUGCCUGUGAUGCACUGGGAGAGCUUGCCUUCAGCACAGGCGCUGCCUUCCAGCCCUUCCUGGAGUCGAGCUUCCAGCAGGUUUACGAGAUGAGAGAUUUUCCCCAUGAGGACGUCCGCAGGGCAGCUUUCGGAGCCAUGGGCCAGUUUUGUCGAGCUCAGCACAAAGUAUGGACGGAGAAUCCCACUGAGUCCAACCACCAGGCCCUGCUGAAGUUGCUGGAUGUGGUCAUUCCCUGCUUUUUGGAAACGGUGCGAACAGAGCAGGAGCGCCAGGUUGUGAUGGCUGUCCUGGAAACCAUGAACAGUGUCAUCAAGUCCUGCAAGGAAGAGGUUUUCAAGAACCCUUCGCGGCUCAAGGAGAUCAGUCAUGUCAUCCGUGAUGUGCUCAAGAAGAAGGCCGUUUGUCAGGGCGGUGGUGUUGAUGAAGCUGAUGACGAAGACCAACAGGCGGAGUACGAUGCCAUGCUCCUGGAAUUUGCUGGGGAGGGAAUUCCCCUACUGGCCUCUUCUGUGCCUGCAGAGCAGUUCGCCCCUUUCCUCAACGACCUGCUGCCUCUUAUCAUGAGCAAAGCUAAAUCGUCAUGCACAGUGGCAGACCGCUCUUUCUCUGUGGGAACCAUUGGGGAAAUCCUGCAGGCCCUUGGUAGUGUGUCUGGUGGGCGGGGCUUGGCAGGCCGCCUGUCCAAUCGCUUGCUUCCCGUGCUGGUAGCUGGAACGAAGGACAGCGAUGCAGAGGUUCGCAACAACAGCGUGUUCGGACUGGGAUGUCUGGCCCAGGCAGCUGGACCCAUCGUUGUGACAGACUAUCCCAUGAUGCUGUCUGUGUUUUCCAACCUGCUGACCAAAGAGUCAGACCUCAGGGUGAUUGACAACCUGUGUGCUGCCCUCUGCAGGAUGAUCUUGAGCAAUGUGGAAGCUGUCCCUCUGGAGCAGGUUUUUCCUGCUCUGGUGGCUCGUCUUCCCCUCAAAGAGGACAUGGAGGAGAACAAGACAGUGUUCAGCUGCAUGGCUAUGCUCUACACUAACAGUCCUGCUCUGGUUGUGAAGCAAAUGAAGCCCAUUGUCGCUGCUUCCAGUCAUGUCCUUGGCAACAAAGACGUUGAUGAAGAGACCAAGACCACUUCUGCCAUGCUAAUCAAACAGUUUGCCCAGCACCACUCUGCAGACUUUCAAGCAGCUAUGACGUCACUUCCUAGAGAACAGCAGGCUAAACUCAGCGCGGCCAUCUCUGCCUCGUAGCACACACACACACACACACACACACCCUUCCACUCUCGUGUGAAAGCCAGCCAAAACAAUACAUUUUGAUACUGUGGGUGGAAAAUGGGACAGUUAUUUGAUUCCCCAAACUGAUUUGAAAAAAGCACUUCAACUUGUCUAGUAUACAUUGUCACAUUCAGCAGUUAUUCACUUUUAAUUUAUUGUCCUAUAUGCAUGCUAUGUUGAAUUUUUAUUAUUUUAAGAGUUACGGUUUACCAUCCUGUCUUGUUACCUUUUGUUUUUUUGUUUGCCUGUCAUUCCUGUGAAGUGCUUCCAUUCGCUGCAACUGUCCUGUUUUUGCCACUGUUUGAAGACUUCUGGCUAUCUGAGUGUGAAGCAAUGAAUUUGAUCUCCUGAUAAAUUUAAUUUUUCAUUCCCAUA